UCGUCACAUUUUAUUCUUUGACUUAUUCUUUCCACUGAAGCUCAAGUUGCGAGUGAAGGGGUGGUCCGAGUAGCUUGAGCAGAGUAUUAAUAUUGAUGGUCCUGUCUUCGACGGUGCGCGUAGGCAUUCGCCUGAGUCCAAGGGUUCCUGGUGCAAGAAUAUGGCCCCAAGUGUCUCAGAACCAAGCGCGGUUUUUAACUUUGCCGCACUCAAAAUUUGCGCCGAGGGUGCUCUCUUCCCAGCGCAUACCGCAUACUCGUAAUUACUGGUGGUCAAAAUCGGCGAUACCUGAGCAGCAGGCAGCAUCUGCAGUGGAGUCAACACCAGCUUCCAGUAGCAACAUUUCUGCUGUUGUGGACUCGGAACCGGCAGCAGCGGUCGAUGCGGUGACACUAGACUCUGCACCGAUACCAGAAACCACCACGCAGGAUAGUGUAACAGGCAUUACUGGCACUGAUGCGGGUAUUGAUAUUCCUGCGUUUGACAUCGCGAUCCCACCCCUUCAAUAUGGUGAUUUAGCGGAACUAGGCCUCGCUGGCUGGUCACCGGCUGGGAUCAUAAGAUGGACAUUCGAAAUUCUACAGGUCAGCAGUGGAAUGCCUUGGUUUUACACGAUCAUCGCUGGUACACUGCUGUGGCGUGUAGUCAUUCUACCUGCCAACAUCAUGAGCCUUCGCAACUCGUCACGCUUACUUCCCUAUACCGACAAACUGCAGGCCGUGACGGCGGAAUGGAAACAAAUCGACACUAGCGACCGCCUUGCAUUGCAGCGUAUAUCUCUGAAGAGACAGAAGAUUUACGAACAAGCGGGAGCGCGGGUGCUUCCUUCCAUUAUCAUGCCCUUUGUUCAAAUACCAGUCACAUUGGGUUUGUUCUUUGCUGUCAGGAAGAUGACCAUGCUUCCUGUAGAGCAGCUCAAGGAGAGCGGUGUCUUUUUUCUGCCUGAUUUGACUGUGGCAGACCCAUACUAUAUCCUGCCCAUCUUGUCCACUGUCGCCAUCAACAUUCAAAUGUCGGUGAUGAAGGGAGACGUUAAUUUUGCUGAGCGUCCCGAUAUGGCCCAUAUCAUGAAUUACAUGCGCAUCUUUUCGUUCUUGAGCGUUCCUCUCAUGGGCUCACUGCCUAGCGGUUUGUGGUUAUCCAUCCUGACUGGUGUGAUGGUGUCGAGCCUGCAAUCCUUCAUCCUACAACGCGCAACGGUGCGCAAUUGGCUCAAGAUAACUCCCCGUGUCGAACCAAAGGUCAAACCACCCACCAUGAUGGAAUCCAUGCAGUACGCGAAAGCGUGGUACGUGAGCAAGAGGAGUGAGAUAAUCGCUGCUCGAAGUCAGGCGGCAAAGACACAAAGGAGAUGAAAUAAGCAGGGAGACAGCAUGCAUAUAGGGUCCUAUUAUAUAUCUCAUUAAUACACCAAUGCUCUGCUCGUUCAAGUUUGAAGCGAUAGUAUUACGUAACGCCAACGUCCCUGUGCGGGUAAAGUGGCAG